ACAACCGGUUUAGAUUGCAGGAAUUUUCAAUUUUAGUUUUGAUUUACACAGAUACUUACAUUGUUUUCUGAAAUGCAAGCUGAAGAAGUGGAGAGCGGUCUCUUUACUCCAGAAAAUAUAAAAUGUGUUGAGAUCAACAAUUUUGCCUCCACCCCAAAGCAUGAAAAGAAUUUUGUGAACGGUUUACAAAACGCUCGGCAACUGCUAGAAGGAUUGCAACGGAGCCUUGCCAAAACCAGCAAGUAUGAAGAUCAGAUGUUGCGCUGCAAGUCCACUCAUGCGCAUUCGCACGCUUACUGGUGGGACAGCGACUUCUCGGAGAAGGAGCCCAAGAGUUCCAAAAUAGAGAUAAAACCAAGAAGUCACGUCAACUUAGCAGAACCUUGGUCUACCACUAGCAUCGUUUGCCUGCAGUACCAGUACGAAGAGUUAUCAAAGCGCUACGAAUCCUUACUUCAAUCCUACCACGAUCGAUGCGCGGCGGUUGGCGAGCGCGACGAAGCGCUGGGCCGCCUGCGCCGCCGCGUCAGAGAUGCGUACGCGCAUCUAACUCAGGCGCAUCGCACGCUCAUCGCUGUGGGGGACAAGUAUUUGGAUCUAAGCCGAAGGAAGCGGACGCAAAAGAACAAAUACGAACUGAAGAUUAAGCAUCUGAAAGCGACAGUACGGGGCGUGAUGGCCAUGUGCGAGCACUCCAGGCUUCAGCUCGACACCACCAUCGCUCGAUACCUGGAGACCGAGGGAGAGGCUCCUAAUGCCCAGUUGUUGGCCGAGAUAAGAAAAUGCAAUCUUCUCUUCUUGGAAAACUUGAGACUCAAAGCCCAGAUAGAAAAGUUGUCACCAGGCGAAGCUUUUUCGAAAUAACUUUAGAACCUUAAGUUUCAGAAACCUAUCGUAUUUUAGGAGUUUUACAUGUAAGUAAUUUAGAAUUGCCUAACAUAUUAUAUCGUAGUUUGUUAAUGUUAUUUAAGUAUUAUUACCGUAAUAAAACGAUAACUUUACGUUUUCGA